AUGGUGGAUGUUGAUAUUGGUGCUGGUGGAGAUAACCCCAGAAGAAAAAUGGAUGCUCUUACAGAUAGUAGCGCCGAGAUUGUUCCGUUGGAACUCUAUGAUUCAUCCCGAGCCAAAAUAGCUGCUAAUCUACAGUGGAUCUGCGCGAAAGCUUAUGGAAUAGAUAACAUCCCGGAGGAAUUAAAAGAUCCCUUUUAUAUAGACCAGUAUGAGCAGGAGCACAUCAAACCGCCUGUCAUCAAGCUGUUGUUAUCCAGCGAGCUGUACUACCGCGUCUGCAGUCUUAUUCUCAAAGGGGAUCAGGUGGCUGCGCUGCAGGGACACCACUCGGUCAUCCAGACGCUCUCCCGGAAAGGGAUUUACGUCAUGGAGAGCGACGAUACGCCCGUGUCCGAAUCCGAUCUCAGCUCUGCGCCGAUCAAAAUGAGUCCACACAUGGCAAUGAUUGAUGCUCUCAUGAUGGCCUACACGGUAGAGAUGAUCAGCAUUGAGAAAGUCGUGGCGAGCGUCAAAUGUUUUUCUACGUUCAGCGCCUCCAAGGAGUUGCCCUACGAUCUGGAAGAUGCGAUGAUAUUUUGGAUUAACAAGGUGAACCUAAAAAUGAGAGAGAUUACAGAAAAAGAGAUUAAAUUAAAACAGCAAUUAUUGGAAAGCCCAGGUCAUCAAAAGUCUCCUUCCAAGUGGUAUUGGAAAUUAGUGCCUGUACGUUACCGCCGAGAUCAUCUCUCCAGCCGACAGCUGCCCUUUUUCCCGUUGCUUGAAGACCUGAUGAAGGAUUGUAGCGAUGGGGCAGCUUUACUGGCUGUAAUCCAUUAUUAUUGCCCUGAGCAAAUGAAGCUCGAUGAGAUUUGUUUGAAAGAGGUCACGUCGAUUGCGGACAGCAUCUACAACAUUCAGCUCCUUCGAGAAUUUGCAAACGAGUACCUGAACAAAUGCUUUUACCUUACCUUGGAGGAUAUGUUGUAUGCCCCCUUAGUUCUAAAGCCCAAUGUAAUGGUGUUCAUUGCCGAAUUAUUCUGGUGGUUUGAGAACGUCAAGCCGGAUUUCGUGCGGCCCAGGGACUUCCAGGAAGUCAAAGAUGCUAAAACCAUGUUGCAUCAGAAAAGCAGUCGCCCUUCGGUACCCAUUUCCAAUGCCACCAAGCGGAGUUUCAUGGCCAGCCCAGUGGUCUCCAGUUCCGCCGACCUGCAGCCUCCGAGUCAAGUCCCGCCAGAGACGUGCAACAGUGGCAAAGGAAGCCCUGCCUUCAGCACAUCACACUCAUUGCUGCCUUUAAGGCAGAAGCAGCAAAAGUCCCUACAGGGGGAAGAAACUUCAGAUCAACGGCAUCGGUCUAAUUCCUUGACUCGGGCAGAUGGGCAGCCUCGGGAUUCGAUUCUGGCGUGGCCAGAGAAGAAGCAAAGGCCUCUUUCACAACCUACACCGUUCGGUCUUCACCACGCGGCGAGCAGUGACGCAGACCCCAGCUCUGGCGAUAGCAUUAGCUUGGCGAGGUCCAUCAGCAAAGACAGCCUGGCCUCCAACGUUGUCAACAUCACCCCGAAACAGCAGCUCUCCUCUGCCCCCGUGAAAAGCAGCGGGAAAAGCUUGCUGAAUAACGUGGAGAUCGAGGACGACGAGGAAGAACUGAUUGCCAUCAUUCGGCCUGAAGCCACCCCAAACCACAGCAGCCUGGAACUUCAGUGCGGGCCGGCUCGAUCGCCUGGUUUUGCCGGCACCGCCUGGACUCAGAAAUCGCCAAGCGAGUCUUCGGAAAAUAAGCCGGAGAGUUUUUUCCUGGAACCGUUAAUGCCCGCCCUUUUACGGCCAGCCAAGGAGAAGCAGGUCAUCAAUAAGGAGGACGAAUGCGGAGAAGGGAAAGCCAGAGGUUAUGUGACCAAAAGACUGAGCGAAGGGCACACGGCGUUGGCCCGUAAGAAAACCAAUAGCAGUCACAGCGAUCACAGCCUUAACAGGACUUUCAGCGUGGCUUCCAAUUCUGAACUAACCGUGAUUGCGGGUCCCAGUUUGGCCGAGCCUCUGGUGCACUCCGACGUCAGGAUAGAGCCCUUUUGUCCCCAAGCAAGCAGCAGCGUGGAGCCCUCCUCUCAGGAGCGGCCUUUGGUGGGGUUCUUCCUGCACGCUGCCAAAGCAGAGGAGGCCGUGUCCGGCAGCACCAACCUUGGUUGUCCCAAAAGCCCCAAUUCCCACCUUGCGGAGACCUCGUGGACGAUGGUUCGACAAAACUCUGACUCGUCCAUCCUAGACAUGGAGGAGGCCGACCAAGACAUGGUGGCCGAGGACCACCCUCUGAUUGCCAAGUACAUAGGAGAGGAGGAAUCGGCCAAACUUCAGGAAGACAUGAAGGUCAAGGAGCACGAAGAUAAAGACGACGCCAGCGGGCGGUCCAGCCCGUGUCUGAGCACCAUCUCCCAGCUGAGCAGCGUCUCCAUGACAAGCGGGAGCGCCCGGAUGACCAGCUUUGCCGAGAGGAAGUUUCAACGGCUGAACAGUUACGAAACCAAAUCCAGCACCAGUAGCUCUCAGAAAACCACCCCGGAUGGAUCCGAGUGUUGUCCGCCUCCGCUCACCACCUGGAAACAGAGGAGGGAGCAGAGUCCCACCAGACAGAGCAAAGACAACGUGAAUGUCUUGGCCUCUGAGCUGGUCCAGCUGCACAUGCAGCUGGAGGAGAAGCGGAGAGCCAUCGAGGCUCAGAAGAAGAAGAUGGAGGCCCUCUCAGCCAGGCAGCGGCUAAAACUAGGCAAGGCGGCCUUCUUGCAUGUGGUGAAGAAAGGCAAGGGGUCGGAGAUGUCUCCACCCCUGAAGCCGGAACACUUCGCCAAGGAGUUCUCCGGCCACAACGGGGAAGGCCUGGAGGAGGACGCUUUGAGUUCCAAAACGGAGGCGUUCCUUACGAAAGAGGAAGCGGGCGAAGACGAAAUUCCCAAGGGGAAGGUUCAGGAAACGGUUGGCUUUGUGGAGGAGAACAUUCCCAGAGAGCCGGCCCUCCACGAAAUCGAGAAAAGCAAAAUGAUCUCCGCCGCUCUGCUAGAAGAGAACCUGGAAUCGGCUGACUUCGGCGAAUGCGACCUCUCCAUCGAGAAGCUGAACGAGACCAUCAGCACCCUUCAGCAGGCCAUCCUGAAGAUCUCUCAGCAGCAAGAACUUCUCAUGAAGGCCCCAACCAUGUCCUCAACGCGAGGAGGAGGAGGAGGAGGGUCUCAGGACCAAAAGAUAAAAGCCCCCAUUCACUUUGUGGAACCCCUCUCCCCUACUGGCACCAGUAAUCUCCGCAAGCCACCCAGGCUCGGUCAAGGCCGGAGUCCCCGUUCGGGAAGGCCGUCUGAACUCAAAGUGGCCAAGGACCGUCCCCACACCACGCCUCGCAUCAAGACCCCGACGCCCAGCGUCGACACCUUGCCCCAUUUGAGACAGUUCCCAUCUAACCAUUCGCCCAAGGUGGAGAUGGCUCUUGAAAACCACCUGGCUCCAGUGAGCUCUCCUCAGGAGAAGCUUUCCUUUGAGAAUUACCGGCUCUGCGACGAUAAUCAGAGAGGGCCAUUGGUUUUGUCCUCUUCCAAAGACACCAACAUCUUCACGGAAGCCCUCAAAGAUGUGAACAGCAACGUGGAAGGCUUUCACCUGGCUUGCUUCGAGGUCUCGGGCAAGGAGAACGUCCGGGUGGAAGAAGCUUCCAAGAGCAAAGGUAGCCUCAUCGAAGUGGACCUCUCGGAUUUAAAAGCUGUCGACGAAGAAGUGGAAAGCCAGGGCAGUUCUUCGGAUUUAAUGAACGAAACAGAUCAGAAAUCAGGAGUCGGGUUCUUCUUCAAGGACGAACAAAAAGCCGAAGAUGAGCUGGCGAAGAAACGGGCUGCUUUUCUCUUAAAACAGCAGCGCAAGGCCGAAGAGGCCCGGCUUCGGAAACAGCAGCUGGAGGCAGAAGUUGAACAAAAGAGGGACGAAACUCGACGCAAAGCCGAAGAAGACCGUCUGCGGAAGGAAGAGGAAAAAGCCCGCCGGGAACUCAUCAAACAAGAGUAUUUGCGGCGAAAGCAGCAGCAGAUUUUGGAAGAGCAGGGGUUGGGGAAGCCCAGGCCUAAAGCGAAGAAGGCGCGGCCCAAGUCGGUCCACCGGGAGGAAUCCUACAGCGAUUCAGGCACCAAGUGUUCCUCUACCCCUGAUAACCUGAGCAGCGCCCAGUCGGGGUCCAGCUUGUCCCUAGCAUCGGCAGCGACAACCGAGCCCGAGAGCAUCCAUUCAGGGGGCACCCCUUCCCAAAGAGUGGAGUCCAUGGAAUCCUUGCCCGUCUUGAGCAGGAACGCAAGCCGAAACAUGGAGCGCGACUGGGAGAACACGUCGACCGCCUCCUCAAUUGCUUCCGUGGCAGAAUAUACAGGCCCGAAGCUCUUUAAGGAGCCCAGCAGCAAAUCCAACAAGUCCAUCAUUCACAACGCCAUCUCCCACUGCUGCCUUGCUGGAAAAGUGAACGAGCCUCAUAAGAAUUCCAUCCUGGAGGAGCUCGAAAAGAGCGAAGCCAACCACUACAUCAUUUUAUUCCGUGAUGCCGGCUGCCAGUUCAGAGCACUUUACUGCUACUAUCCCGACACCGAAGAGAUCUCCAAGCUGGUCGGAACGGGCCCAAAGAGCAUCACCAAGAAAAUGAUCGACAAGCUGUACAAGUACAGCUCGGACAGAAAGCAGUUUAACCUGAUCCCGGCCAAAACCAUGUCGGUCAGCGUAGACGCUCUGACAAUUCACAACCACUUGUGGCAACCCAAGCGGCCCGCCGUGCCAAAGAAGACCCAGAAUCGCAAAUGACACUCGGCUUUGGCGAGGGACUGGGCUAGAGUUCACCGUCGGGGGGAUCGUAACCGAGCGGAACCAUAAAUCCCCCUUUUUUAAAAAAGCAAGCAAGCAAGCAAGCAGCUUCUUAAACAAAGAUGCAAGGACGGUGUGACGGAACGACGUGGUGUUCUUUUUUUCAGGACGCAACUGGUUUGGUUUGAAUGCUUAAAAAAAACAACAACAACUGGCUGUUACACCCCUGGCUAAAGUCUUGCCGCUUUUCAUGAGAUGAAAGUGCUCCUGGCGAGACCCGAAGCUGGGGAUUUACUGGGGUUAUUUCUGGGUUUUUGGUUUUUUUUUUACUUGAAGCUCUUCAUUGGUACCAGUUGGGAAUCCUCCUUCCUUUCUUUCUUUCUUUCUUUCUUUCUUUCUUUCUUUCUUUCUUUCUUUCUUUCUCUUUCUUUCUUUCUUUCUUUCUCUUUCUUUUUCUUUCAAUCCUUCACUCCUGCAAAAAAAAAAAAAAAGCACGCUGUCUCUCAAAGUUGGCAAAGCUGCAGUUCUAGGCGGGAAAAGAAGGAAGAACUGGGCAACAGAGGCGAGGUGCUUUUUGUUUUCAGAAGAACCCUUUAGGGGGAAAAAAGUGACUUUUUCCCUUCUGGAUUACUCGUAAGGAUCUCACGUUGACCUAACGUACCGCAUUUUACUGCCAAUGUUAAGCUAGGCUCUCAUUUCUGGAGGGUGUGUGUGUGUGUGUGUGUGUGUGUGUAAGUAAAGGGAAGCCCAUCCUACCACACUACCCACCCUCAGCUCAGUUUACCUAUAGUAUCAGUUUCUUGAAUCACAAUGCACUGAGAGAUGUCAAAUCAAGUCUUUUUAUUUAUUUAAUGGGAACAGAGGACAUAUGCAAGAAUUGCGAUGGCUUGCGAACUUUCAGGCAACACAAUCAUGAAGAAGCAGAUAGGUGCUAGCAGCUGGAUUAGCUCAUUUGAAACUUGACAUGGCAAAAAAAACCCUGGAUUUUCAUAACCUCAUCUUCCCUCUGCUAUUUUUGUUUCCUUGUUUGGUCUUUUUAAAUAAAGACAGACCCUAGGAAUAGUGGAAUGUUUUUUCACUCCCGAGCACGUUAAACUUCUCCGUUGAAUGGUGCACUCAGUUAUCACCGAUAUUCCGAUGCUUUUUUAAAAAAAUAAUAAUAAUAAUCAUGUCCUGAAAACUGUAACGCUACUUUGUCCUGUCCUGUCCUGUCUGUCUGUCCUUUGCUGGAUGAGCGGCAUGCUCUUAACGAGGCGAGUGCGUUCUCUUUUUUCUCUUUUAAGUUUUCUGCGGGAGCUCUUUUUAAUUUGGGAGGGGACGCAAUUAGACAAGUGACCUACAAAAAGCCAACUCCCUAGGACUAGCAAGUUUUUAAACAAUUUUUGUGUUUGGUUUGAAAGCUGAAAAGCGGCUUUGGGGUUUGUUUGUUUUUUUCCCCUCCUUCCUCUCCCUUUUCAUCUUGCAAAUAUUAAAUCUCGAGUUGAAACCUUUAAACCUGUGUGUGUUUUCACCUUCAAAGAAAACAACCCCUUUUCACAACUGGGAAAGAUGCAGAAAGCUUUGAUGAUGAUGUGUUUUAAAAUGUCUCUUCUUCCCCCCAUUCUCUCCGCCUGAUAAAAAUUGGGUAGUUUUUAUCCUUUAUCAGGUUCCCCAAACUUUUCUUUUUUUGGAGACUUUUUACCCCUUGGACAUAUUUUUUUUUCUGACAUUUUGGUUUGCACAUGUUCACUUCUACUUGAAAUGUUACUUGAAGACCUCUUCUGAGUCGUGCAAAGACGCUCUUUUUCUAACACUAGAGAAGAACAAGAUGAAACACACACCCUUGUGUCAUUAUUUAUGCUCCUGGGAAAAUAAUAAUGGGAUAGAAAGUGACUUUUGUAUAGAGCGGGACGAGAAAUGGCGUAUUUAACCCUAAGCUAGGAAAGGAGGGGGUGGGGACAAAAAUCAGAAUGGUCUUCCGUGGUGGCCAUUUGGUUGGUUCUCUUCCCUCAAGCCUUUUGUUUUAAAUAGAUUGUACAUUUUGUUUGAUAGUCGAUUACCUUGUAAAUAAGGGUUCGUUUCUAAAAUAUUCAAGAGUAUUCAAUGUGGUUGUGAGCAAUAUUAUUAUUAUUAUUUGGUUACAUGCUUUUCAUGCUUGAUUUUUCUCACUGUUUGAUAUACGACAUAUUUAUUUUAUGGAAGCACUGAAAUAAAGAUCAUCAUCCUGUUUUUUGUUACCCCA